UUCCAGUUAAUAUCAAUUGCGAUGGAACUCAUGGCCAAAACAAAGACAUUAAUGGCUUUCAUGGCCAUGGUGGCUUUGAUUGGCGCUGCUGACGUGGCAGCACAGUCAACAGACUGUGAUACUCUGAUGUCCACCUUGGCUCCGUGCUUCGGCUUCCUUGCAGGCAACGAUCAAUGCCCAUCUCCACUGUGUUGCAAAGCAUUUACUAACAUUGUUCAAGUCAACCCGGUCUGUUACUGCCCGGUCUUAAACGGCACUGCAGGAGAUCAACUAAAUGUGACCAAGGCGUCAGAUCUUAUCUGGGAAUGCAUGGUCCCAUUUCCAGGAAUCUGCGCAGAUUAUGAUUCAAAUUUCAGUUUAGAUGAAGCUCCAGCUGUGCCAUCUUGUAGAACUUUGUCACCUCUUCCACCUGUGCCAGCAGCUCCAUUUUUCCCAAUAACUCCAGCUCCUGCUCCUGGUCCCUUUUUCAGAAGACUGCUUGGUGUCUAAUCACCAA